AAUGAACCCAAUAAUAAUAGUUCACGGCGGCGCCGGUGAUAUUCCUACAAGUCGAGUAAAGGGUAAAUUAGAUGGUUCAAAGAAGGCUGCUAUUGCUGGACAUGAAAUAUUAGCAAAAGGUGGCAGCGCGUUAGAUGCAGUUGAAGCCGCUGUUGUUUCAAUGGAGAAAGAUGAAUAUUUUAAUGCAGGAUAUGGAUCUGUACUAAAUCUACGUGGAGAGGUAGAAAUGGAAGCAAGCAUUAUGUGUGGUAAAAAUCUUGAUGUUGGCGCAGUAACUUUAGUAAAGGAUUUUUUGCAUCCUAUAAGUAUAGCUCAUAAAGUAUUAACAGAUUCACCACAUUCAUUGUUAGGUGGAGAGGGUGCUAAAAUUUUUGCUUUGGAUAAGGGAUUUAAUACCGUGUAUCCUGGAUCAUUGAUUAGUCCUCACGCUAAAAAGGCAUUAGAUGACUUUUUGAAACAUGGUGAAUUCGGUAGAACUGAAAUUGGGGCGUUGAAUAAGGCAGAUGUUGGAACUGUGGGUGCUGUUGCAAUUGAUAUUAACGGUCAAAUCGCUGUUGCUACUAGUACUGGUGGCAUGAGUGGGAAAGCGGUCGGUCGAAUUGGAGACACCCCGCAAAUUGGCAGUGGAACUUAUGCAGACAAUCUGAUUGGAGGAGUAUCCACCACAGGUCAUGGAGAAUCUAUACUCAAAUAUUGCGUAGCUCACAACAUUGUUAAGCUUAUGGAAAAUGGACUUGAUGCAAAUACUGCUACAAAAAAAGCAAUCGACGAUAUGACAUCGCGUUUAAAUAAUACAGCUGGCGCUAUUACUUUAUCGAAAAAUGGGGAUAUUGGCAUACAUUAUACAUCCCAGAGAAUGUCGUGGGCAUACAUAAAAGAUAAAAAGAUAUAUUAUGGAAUAAACCACGGUGAGGUAUUUGAAGAACAACAUGAGCUUUAAACUUACUUAAUUGUGAAAAAACUAUACAUUGGAAUAACUUAAACAAUUAAUUCACAAAUGAUAGUAAGGAAACAUUAGGUACUAUACCAAUAUUGUAUUUUCAUAUGACAACAUUCGACGCGUUUUUCUCGGAAAAAUUAUAUGGUUUCAGGGAAAGUUAUAGAACAAAAGUUGCUCAUUACAAUGGGUACUUUCAUAUACUUGCUGCUUAGUAUGCUCUUUCGACUAACCCUGUAAGGUUUGUGGGCAUAGUUUUAUUUUUUACAUGGUACUAAACUAACGAUCCAUUUUAUGGAAAGUGGAAAUAACUAUAAAGUUAGGUAAUAACUAUUAACUUAGGCGUUAAAUUGAGUACUAUAAUUAAACCGGAAUGUAUUUUUAAUAAGGAGUAUGUACUAGCUAUAUUUUUAUAUUUUGUACUCAAUUCUGAUAAUUGUGUUAGAAAUAAAUAUUACAAUAAUAUGUU